AUGCCGUUCCACGCAGUAAAGACGUGUCUCCGCACCGCGGGGAGGUUCUCGACGAACCCAGCAUCGAGCCAGCAGUUCCUUGUUCGUGCCUUUUCGAGUACGGUUGCUCGAUAUGAGAUCAACAAGGUCUACCCCUCCGCUAAGGAGGCGAUCAAGGACAUGAAAUCCAACUCGACAGUGUUGGCUGGUGGAUUCGGCCUCUGUGGUGUUCCCGGCACCUUGAUUGAUGAGAUACACGCUACACCCUCCAUCACUGGCCUGACUGCCGUCAGUAACAAUGCCGGUAUCGACGGGGCCGGAUUGGGCCUUCUGCUCGCCAGCGGACAGAUCAAGAAAAUGAUCGCAAGUUACGUGGGAGAAAACAAGGCCCUCGAGACAAAGUACCUCUCUGGGGAGAUCGAACUGGAAUUGACUCCACAGGGCACACUUGCUGAACGUUGUCGCUCUGGCGGUGCCGGUAUUCCUGCUUUCUACACCCCGGCCGCCUUUGGAACCGUCGUCCAGACUGGUGAAUUGGCCGUGAAGAACAACCCGGAUGGAACCGUUGCUACAUAUGGAACCGCCAGAGAUGUCAAGGUCUUCGAUGGGAAAAGCUACGUUAUGGAAGAGGCCAUCAAGGGAGACUAUGCCUUGGUCAAGGCCUGGAAGGCAGACAAGCUUGGAAACUGCCAGUUCCGAUACUCUGCGGCUAACUUCAACGGUGCCAUGGGCCGCAAUGCAAAGGUCACCAUCGUCGAGGCCGAGCAUAUCGUCGAGGUCGGGGACAUUGACCCUGCUGCCGUCCACCUUCCCGGCAUCUAUGUCAAGCGUGUCAUCCAGAGCACGGCAGAGAAGAAGAUCGAGAGGCUUACCUUCGCCAAAGAGAAUGACGGAAACGACACCGCUGCUCUCGGAAAGGGCGAGACCGCAAACAAGAGAGAGCGCAUCGUCCGCCGUGCUGCCAAGGAGUUUAAGAACGGAAUGUAUGCAAACUUGGGUAUUGGAAUGCCCAUGUUGGCCCCCAGCUUCGUUGACCCAUCCGUGGAAGUGCAGCUACAAUCCGAGAACGGCAUUCUCGGCCUCGGACCCUAUCCCAAGGAGGGAGAGCAGGAUGCUGACUUGAUCAACGCCGGCAAGGAGACCGUGACUCUGCUACCAGGUGCUUCUAUCUUCGGUAGCGAAGAGUCGUUUGGAAUGAUUCGCGCCGGACGUAUUGACUUGACCAUCCUUGGUGCCAUGCAAGUCAGCGCCAAGGGAGAUUUGGCAAACUGGAUGCUUCCAGGUAAGGUCAAGGGCUUCGGCGGAGCCAUGGACCUCGUCUCCAACCCCACCGCCACCAAAGUAGUCGUCACAAUGGAACACACCGACAAGAAGGGAAACCCCAAGAUCCUGAAACAGUGCGAGUUCCCUCUCACAGGGCGAGCGUGUGUGAGCCGAAUCAUCACCGAACUCUGCGUCUUUGACGUUGACUUUACCAACGGCCUUACUCUGAUCGAGUUGGCCGACGGUGUCACCGUUGAUGAAGUCCGCUCGAAAACCGAAGCCCCAUUCAAGGUGGCUGACGAUAUCAAGCCGAUGUUGUAA